CGCCUCUCAGUCACAAUCAGUCAUGGUGAACCUUUCAGGACCAUUUCAAACAACACACUACUACCAAGUAGUUGAACCAUACCUAAGACAUGGAGAAAAAAGCGGGAACAGACAGUAUCUGGCGCACAUUCUACAGAACUGGAACCCCAGCAUCGACCCGGACAACGAUAUCGGCUGGGCGUUACAUUGGGCCAUCUUCCUGGGAGACGACGCGGCUGUGAGAAUGAUGGUGGACGCUGGCGUGAGUACUGUCUUAAGGGAUCAACAGGACCCUGGAUUCACGCCACUCUUGGCCGCUUCGCAAUAUGGCAAACUCGAGAUGGCCCGUCUAUUUUGGGGACUGCUCGGCCCAGAAGGGCGCUUUCUCCCCAAGAAAAGAGGCAAACCUAUCCCCGACUGCCUCCAAGUGGCUUCUAGGAACAACCAUCCAGAUCUCACCGCCUACUUCCUCGACGUCUGGGACGGUUGGGACAAGGAGGAGAGGCGCAGAGCCCUGCACGACGCGGCAUGGGCGUGGUGCGAUGACGCCGUGGCAGUGCUGCUGGCCAAAAAGCCCCCGUACGAACCCGAUGCCAUUCAAGAUGUUCUGGAGAGGGCUGUCGGCAACAGGAUGAUUCUUCCCGAACACGAGACAAAGCCAGCACCAACUGCCGCCGACGCAGCACACCAACGACGGCUGGUCAGCCGGCUCAUUGACGCUGGCGGAGAUCCGGACGGCGAGGACCGUCGUUCUCGCAGACCCCUGAUUCACACAACGCUGCUAUCUCAUCAAUGCACCGGCGCCCUCGAAGCGCUGCUGGAAAGGGGAGCAACCCCCAAUCGUCUAGACGCCCGCGGCAAGACGCCUCUCAGCUACGUGUUUACGCCCCUCAGAAGAGAGCGCCCUGAUACCGCUGCUCUUGAGGCUCUUCUGCAGCAUGGCGCGCUUCCCGAGCUGGCGCACGCGGCCGGGGAGACACCGCUUCACGCCGCCGCCAAGACGGGAAGCCACGAGCAGCUCCAGCUCUGUCUUUUGCAUUGCCGCGGGGAGGGCGUACAGCUACGGAGCUCGCACCAAGAAUCGCUCCUACAUUACGCCGCAGCGGGAGGACAGAAAGACACGGUCGAUUUCUUACUGGGCUCUGGCCUGGAGGUGAAUGCGGCCAGCAGCAAUGGAUGGACCCCUCUUUUGUGCGCCCUGACGCCGACCAUAGGGAAGAGCACAGCCAGCAUGUGCGAGACGGCCGAACAUCUGCUCCAGCGUGGCGCCGACGCUCGCGUCGUGACUGACGAGGGGUGGACCGCCCUUCACGCCUUGGCGUCUUGGCCAAAGGGGAGGGACUCGGAGACCGCAGCCGAGGUGGUGAAUCUUGCGCGCAAGCUGAUCGAGGGCGGCGCCCCCAUCGACCUCAAGUCGCGAGUGAUUCGUAGCCCAUCGACCACUCCGAGCAUGUUAUGUGAUGUGUGGGGUUUCCGGAUGAGAGAGUUCGUCGUCAACGCCAUCCCGUCCCCGCAGGAUCUAGGACAAGCGCACACCACUACACCACUCAUGUGGGCCAAGAGGUGCGAUUCCACAGACGUCCUGGACGUUUUGACGGCACAUCAACCCGCGGAUAAAGGUCCACCCCAGGUCUGAUGACCCGUUGAAUUAAGGGCCUCCUCAAGAGUUUAGCGGUUCGAGGCUGCAGUGAUGUUGUUUCGAGGCCAGAAAAAGGCAAAAGUAUAUAUUCAUUCCCCAAAACCAUAGAUGCGGC